AAAAUACUGACGUGUCCUUAAAAGCAUUAAAAAAGGUAUUGAUGCCUUUGGAAGGUGUCUCUGGAUAGAGAACGCUUUUGAUACUCUACAAACAAUUACUUCGUGAUUUGAAAACUCUUUUGAAGAGUGUUUAAAUUUGAUGAUUUUACGAUCGUUGGUCUUGCAGUCAUUUCGCGCCAACUUUGUUACAAUUUUUCAUAAAAUAACAAUUCAAUAUACGAUACGUGCAAAAACAUUCGUGUAUUUUUUUUCAAUUUAAUUAUAAAAUAUGGCCUCGUUUUAUGUACUGACCAUGAAUGUUAAUUUGAAAAAAAUAGGAGACUGAUGUUACAUAUUGAAUGUAUUACAAAUAAGGUUUACGAAAGAUAAUUGAACAUCAAACUAUCAUUGAAUGAGAUAAAACGUUGUUAUUAAUUUCUGUAAUGGUUUUCACCAAGUUCACUCUUGUCUACAAUUUCUAAAAAACAUAUAUUUACUUAAAUAUUUUCAAAUUUUAUUAUAUCUUAAUAUGUAAAGAAUUUCAUUGGCAACAUUGUGAUCACAGGUAAUAUAUAAAUAAAUAUUUUAUAUAUUUAUAAAUAUCAUAUUAUAUGAUUUUAUAAAUCAUUUAAUAAAUAUUCGUUUUUCUACAAAAUUCACAAAAUUGAUUAAUUCAAUUAAAUUGCACUAUUUCAAUAUAUCUUUUAUAAACCAUUUCAAAGUUAUAUUUCUAAAGUAUAUUGUAAUUUGUAUAAAGGACUUACUUUUUAUAUUUGUAUAAAGGACUUACUUUUUAUAUUUAUUUUAGGAAUAAGAAUAAAGGAGUUAGAUUUAACAUAAGCAACAAAAUGGCAACUCGUGCAUCUAUGCCAAAUGUAUUGAUAGAUCCUGGAAUUGUAAAUUCCUCCCCAGUGUCUUCAUCUCCAUUGCGACGAAAAUCUGUGAUUCUACAAAAGUCAAACAAUUUUAGCCUGUUAGAAAAUGACGAUGAGGCGGAACGUUUGGCUCGUCGUCGUAAAAUUUCUGACACGUCUUCAACUUUUAAAAGUUCAAAUGAUAAAAGACGUUCCUUGGGUUUGCUGGUGCAUAUGCCAGCCUCCCAAAUGACAGAACAUAUAUCACAGUGUAUAAAACUUGGUACGGAGAAUAAAAUUAACACCAAAAAUGCAUUUAGUUUAGAAAUGAUUGAUUUUAUGACAUAUAUGAUUAAAAAGAAGGAUGCCAACAUGUCUAAUUUACAAGUAGCUAGUACAUCUUUAGAUGUAAGCACAAAGAUUUAUGGAUUUCGCGUUGACGGUGUACAUACAGAUAUACUUAAAAUGAUUAGUGGAAUGGAAAAGCAAUGCAAAGACAAUGAAAACCAAAAUAAUUUAGAAGAAAUGGAUUGUCAGAAAGCGGCGGAAAAUAAGCAAGAUAGAAAAAAAAUGAUACAGAAAAAGAAGAAAAAAAAUAAGCAAAAAAUAUUUGCCACUCUAGAAGCUCUAAAAAUUAAUGUCGAUACUGAAAAACCUUCUUUAAUAACUAUGGAAGCAGAUUUACAAACUACAGAUAUGCUAUAUCAGGCUAUGUUGCCAAACCAUGCGAAUUCAAAGUUUUAUCCGCAUCGUUAUAAUGACAUUUUGGUAGAUACAGUAAAGAAUAUAAUCGAGCAAAAUGAAGAUACAGUAUUUAAGAUUCCAGAGGUAACAAAUUUUUCCAACAUGGAGAUUUGUCCUCCUUUAUUUUAUUUUGAUUUUCACAGUUGGACCAUAAAUGAAUCAAAUAAUGAAAGUCCUAAACAAAAUAAUGAGAGCAGAUUUCAAUUUGAUCUUGAUGCAAGUUUGCCACAUGAAAAUGAACAUGUAUCUACUGGCAUGAAUUAUUUUGACAUUGAGAUGACGGAAGAAGAAAAUGUAGAUAGAUGCGCUAUGGUACCUAAUCAGGUAGAAAAUAUUGUAGAUUUUUGUAAAGUUCUAACCAACACGGUAUCAACAAAGGUUUCAGAAUAUUCUUUUAUUCAAAAAAUGAAUAUACACUGGGCUGGUCCAUCUCAUUGGAAAGCAACUAAUUUAAAAAAUAGUUUAUACAAUAAUAAAUUAAAAAGUCAAUUGUGUCGUCAAUCAGAAGAAAAAAAGAGAGACAAACUACAGCUACGUUAUGAUGAUGAAACGAUUAAAAAUGUGAAUGCUAAAUUUUUACCCAGUCAAUCGAUUAAAUUGCAUAUUAGGACUGCAAAAAUGGAAUGGAAUGAAGAAAUAUUAACGUUACCUCCAGAUGUGCAUUAUGAUAUCAUACAAGCUUACAAGUUAUAUCUUCAUACGAUAAAACUUAAUUCAACGAAUUUAACAAAUACGAAUGUUACUUCUUCGUGUGACGAUGCCAAAAAUUGUAAUUAUACAAAUGAAAAUGAUAUAUCAAGCGAUUCUCUUAAUGAUCAUAACACAUGCCAACAAAGUGAAGGAAACGAUGCAAAUGAUAAUAAUACGCAAUAUGAAGAUCAGAGUAACUUACAAAUACCUUUCACUGGGGGAAACGAUGCAAAUGACAAUAAUACGCAAUAUGAAGAUCAGAGUAACUUACAAAUACCUUUCACUGGGGAAAAUUUAGUUGCUGUACCAAAACUUACAAAUAAACUAUCUAUUGCAUAUUGUGUACGUCCCAAAAAAAUUGACAUGAAGCAGUUGAAAUAUUCCAUUUGGAAAUGUUUAAAAUGUACAAUGCUGGAGGAUGUGCAAGAAGAUGCAAAAAGGAGAAAGAACAUGGAGGAAAACGCACAACGAGAUAAAGAUAAAAUGGAUAAUAAGAAAUAUUUCAGUCACGUUUAUAAAGCAUUGCCAAAUCUGUUAACUAAAACAAACAUCGAAGCUUUAAGCUUCCCAAUUUCUUUUGUAUCUUUGUUGCAUUUAGCAAAUGAAAAAGCAUUAAAAAUAAAUUCUUCUGUCGACGUAGCAGACAUUAUCGUAGAACAAGAC